AUGUGGAGCCGACGAGAGCGCCUUGAGAUUGAUGUCAUGAAUCGGAUCUUACGAGAGCCGGACUACCAACCCUUCCUGAGGGAGGAGGUAAACGCCGCCAACAAGUUCAGAGCCACGCGGGCCUACCAGACACACAGAGAAGCAUACGACAAGAAGAACAGCACACCCGCUGCCUCUACGUCCAAGCCUGAUGAGACUACGCCAGCUCAGCAUGAAGUUGGUGACGGAAAGAAGCCUCUAGCACCUAAGACACCGCCCCCCUCUACGCCGAAGCCUAGUAAGACUCCGAGAACUGAGCAUAAAGCCGGCGACGAACAGGAACCUCUAGCAGAAUUCGUUACAAGGAAGUCGCCGAUCACCACCACCGCGAUCAUCACCACCGCAGCGCCCAUGUCAACUGCGGCCAAAAUCUCACCCGCAGCGCCCAUACCAACGACAGCUAAUACCUCGACCGCAGUGCCUACUCUUACAGCAGCAUCAAAUGCCACAGCAGCAUCAAAUGCCACAGCAGCAUUAAAUGCCACAGCCAUCCCCGUCACAGCCGCCAUACCCAUCACAGCCGCCAUCCCCAUCACAACCGCGACGCCCACUCCUACAGCGCCUAUACCAACCGCAGCUAAUACCUUAACCACAGCGCCUACUAUUACAGCAGCAUUAGAUGCCACAGCCAUCCCUAUCACAGCUGCCACCCCUAUCACAUCCGCAACGCCUACUCCUACAGCAGCAUUAGAUGCCACAGCUACCCCUAUUACAUCCGCGACGCCUAUCACAACCGCCACCCCCAUUACAUCUGCGACGCCUAUCACAUCUGCAACGCCUACUCCUACCGCAGCAUGUACUGCUACUGCCACCUCUAUCACAGCCGCCACCCCUAUUACAACCGCGACGUCCAUCGCAACCGCGACGCCUGCUCCCACGGCAGCAUCUACUGCCACUGCCACCCCCAUUGGAACACUCGGCAUACAGGACGACUGGUCUCCUCCUCCGGACAACGACGACCACGAAGAUUAUGGCGUCGCCAUCCCGUUCAGUCAGAGUAGCGCGCAGCCCCCAGAGCCUGAGUCCCGGAAAAGGGUUAAGCUGACCGUCGACCUCUCACAGCCACCAAGCAAGUCGGACAUUGAGGCAAUGCAGAUCACCAGGGCAAAAGAGUUGGACAGCGCAUCCGAUUACAUCCUGAAGCUGACCCUCCGAAUGGACACAUGCCCACGGGCGGGGAUGCUCCGUGACGUCGUUCAAAUGGCGGUGCAGCAAUAUCAAGAGUCCGACGGUGCCAUACCGCUGAUUCUUCUUCCGCUCGGACCGUGGCCUAUCAGCCUCGCCUCUAUGCUCGAGGUGUGCUACGCCAAGACGUGGCUGCCCGGCACGACUAUCGACUUCCUUGUCGAGAGAUGCGGCAGUUCACGGGGGUACUUACCGGAGGUCGUGUAUGUCGCUACAAGCAGUCCAGUAUACAUGGAAACCAUCGGAAAGUCAUCAUCUAACCCCGAGAUACGCCCCAACAUCGCAUCACUUGUUCCGCAAUCAGUCUUCAUCAUCCCUGAGCUCGACGCCGCAGCGUCCAUCGUCUUCACUUGGAAUCCAACCAACAGCCAUUGGGUAGUGGUGCAGGCGCUAUGCAUGGAAUUUGGGGCGGGGCUCAUGCGCGUCUACGACACAGGACGUAGAUACCGAUCUACCUCUAUGUUCGAGCAGGAGCUCCGGCAAUUCCUUGCGCUGGUGGCGCUCUCUCACCCCCGGUCGAGAUUGGCGGACGUCGAUUGGAACACAGUGGCCAUUAGAUACGAGGACACAGUACAACAAGAGGCAGAUGACUGCGGAGUCUUCGCAGCGUGGAAUGUGAGGACAUUACUUCACAAUGACCAGCCCGCGAAGUCGGCCUCCAACGCUUUGAGCGUUGGCACGGCACUCCGCCGGGAGCUGUUCACCGAAGCACACAGCACUAUCAGCGGCCGUGAUCCUCCCUACUGCUCGAGCCAGGCUGCGCUCGAUGCGCACAUCGAGCAUCUAUCUGGCAACCACCACAACGAUGACAAGAGCAAGGACUCCGACGACAACGACCACAACGAUGACAAGAGCAAGGACCCCGACCACAACGACUACAAUGAUGACAAGAGCAAUGACCCCGAGGGCAACGACUAUGACAGUGACAGCAGCGAUGGCUACGCUGAGCGCAUAUCUCACUCUCCUAAGAUUCGACAUUAUCUUACGCACCAUGACCCCGACGAGCAGGACAUCAUUGUCCGUAGCGAAGCCGUCGCCAUUCUUGAACACAAGACGCAGAACCUUCCGCACCUAGAUUUACCAGAUUUCAGUGGUCGCAAAGUGAAAGCUCUCUUGCGACGUUUUGCCAGGCGCUACCUUGCUACAGUCCGCAAUGGAGAAUUCCAAGAAAUGCAUCAUAAGCUGCGCACUAUGCUGCGCAAUAGAAAAACGCUGGGCAGGAGGAAAAUAAAAUCCUCCCAUGUGAACGUUAGCCAUCCCGGUUCAUUUGUUGAUGGGAAAUUCGUCAAGGCCAGUACGCGCAUUAUCCCUACAUGCAUCGAAGCGUACGCCCUCGAAGGCAGCACUACCAUCCGCGCCACCGCGGCUCGUGCUAUCUUUGGCACAGAUCUCCAUGUUUGCGCUUCGCCGCCUGACCCGACACGCACAUACGAUUUGGUGCUUCCGUGCUUCCGUCGCUCGGGCAGGCCACGGGACAGCGUCCGCUCCGACACCGAAGUCCUCCACAACGAAUCGGAAGAAGUCGAUGCCGGUCUGGAUCCCACUGGUAUUAGGGUUCAUCACAUCGACACUCCCAGUUCUCAGUUCAGCUGGACAUUCAGCGCGAGUGGCAAGCGUUUACGACACGAUGCGAAGGGUCAUUGA